CUCCUCGGGCCGCCAUGGCCGCGCCCGCCGCGGGGGACGAGCUGCCCGUGCCCGAAUCAGGUGCUGUUUUCACAUUUGGGAAAAGCAAAUUUGGAGAAGAUGUUCCUAGCAAGUUCUGGUUCAAAAAUGACAAGCCUGUACUUAUAUCAUGUGGAGAUGAACAUACCGCUAUUAUUACAGGGAAAGGUAAACUAUACAUGUUUGGCAGUAACGACUGGGGCCAGUUAGGACUAGGAUCAAAGAACACUGUCAACAAACCAACAUGUGUUAAAGCUUUAAAACCAGAAAAACCAAAACUUGCUGUUUGUGGAAGAAACCACACUUUAGUUUACACAGAAAAAGGAAAUGUGUAUGCUGCUGGAGGUAACAGUGAAGGUCAGCUGGGAUUAGGUGACACAGAGGAAAGGACCACAUUUCAUUUAGUAAGUUUUUUCACCAGCCAGCACAAGAUCAAGCAGCUAGCAGCUGGAUCAUACACCUCAGCAGCAGUAACUGAGGAUGGGCAGCUUUUUGUGUGGGGUGAUAAUUCAGAAGGUCAGAUUGGCCUGGCCAAUGAAUCCUGUGUCAGUGUCCCUUGUCGAGUGGAUAUUGGAAAACCUGUUUCCUCUGUAUCCUGUGGAUAUUAUCACUCUGCCUUGAUAACAGGAGAUGGUGAGCUCUAUACUUUUGGAGAACCUGCAAAUGGGAAACUGGGAUUAUUGCCUGAACAGCUGAAGAACAAUAGAGUCCCACAGCCUGUACUGGGAAUUAUGGAAAAAGUUAAUAAGGUUGCUUGUGGUGGAGAGCACACAGUGGUGCUGACAGAGACAGAUGUCUAUACUUUUGGACUUGGACAAUAUGGGCAGCUGGGCCAUGGUACUUUUGUUUUUGAAUCUUCCGUACCAAAGUCUGUGAAGCACUUGAAGAAGCAUAAAAUACGUAAUGUUGCAUGUGGGGAAAAUCACACUGCUGUAAUAGCAGAGAAUGGCCUCAUGUUUACUUUUGGAGAUGGACGACAUGGCAAGUUGGGCUUUGGAGAAGAGAGUUUUACAAACCUGUUUGAUCCCACUCUGUGUUAUAAUUUCUUGAAGUUCACAGUGCUUUUGGUUGCUUGUGGUGGUUGUCACAUGCUGGUUUUUGCUGCUCCAAGACCUAAAGGAUCUGAAGAAAUACUCUUGGAAGAUUUAUAUGAGAAUCCUUUGACUGCUACCAUCCCUAAAAUGAGUGGAGACUUUGUACUGGCAGACACCUUGCAGCUGUCAGCAGCACGAAUGCGACGUCGGGAGAGGGAAAGGUCACCAGAACAGUUUAUUCGAAUGGCACAAACUCUGCCCCCACUGGGAGAAAGGUUCUUAAAAUCUUCAUUGCCUAUGACAAGCAACACUACCCCAUUCAGUUUUUCUGCAACAAGUCUUCCUAAAGCUGAAUCUGCGACAGAUGGAGACAGUGAAAAAGAAAAUGAUCAUCGAAAGGGUAAGCCUGGUGAAGCCUCUGCAGAAGAAGAUUCAGAUAAUGACAGUACUGACAGAAACCUGGGAGAUACAACUGACAUCCUAAAUAUGACACAUGCUAUGAAAUUGAAUCCUGGUGACUGGUCUGUAGAAUUAUCACCCCUCCAAAAACAGAAGAAGAACAAUAAAAAUGUGAAACUGAAAAGAGAUGGUAAGGGUGGGCUGAAAAACAAAGAUUCUGAUUGCACAAAGGAGGGCUCAAAAUUGGACUCUGGCUCUUUACAAAAGCAGUCCUCACUUUCAGAGUCACCAGGACAAGAUUUAGAAAAGAGUGGUGCCUUUGUAGGGAAGCCUGUAGCCAAAAAAAAACCAACAAAAGGUAAAUCUGAGUACGCACAAAGUGUUAGUACUUUGAAAAGGGGUGUUCAACAAGUGACUGGGGACAAAAGCAGGUUAGUGAAAAGCGAAGAAGAAUAUGUGGAAAAUCCUGAAUUUUUCAGAGAGGAUGUAACUUAUAAUUUUCCAACUGAAAAUCAAGUUCUGUCUGAAAGGACAAAUUCUUCUGAUAAAAAGUCAAAAGCCAUUAAAUCUAAGCAAUCCCUUAAAAUAGAGGUCCGUCCUUCUGCAUCCAGAGAUCAUCCCCGGACUGAUGAUUCCUUAAUUGUAGAAAAAUACAAUCCCGUUCAAAAGGAAGAAAGUCGAGAAGCAAUAAAAAGUCAAAACAAAAUAAAGGAUGUUGCUGAAAAAUCUGAGAAGAGUGAAAAAACACACAUCAAAGGAGAAGAAAGUAGUACAGAGAAGAUAGGGUUUAAAAUAUCUGUAACCAUGUCAUCGUCUUCAACUGAGGAAAGUAGUUAUGAUCUUGAAAAGUAUGUGCUUAAGCGUAGGAAGAAAGAAGAGGACUACAGUGAAGGCAGAGACAUCCAGAAGAUAAGAACAGUAGAAAACGUGGAAGAUUUGGACUUAGGAAAAGAAGACAGUGAGAUUGAGGAGAUGCAAAUAAGAAACAAUGAGAAAGAUUGUGUAGAAGAGACUGAUUUAAAAAGCCAGAAUGAGGAAGAAACAAACUCUGAUGCUAAAUCUGAUGAAGAUGGGCAGUUAGAAAUUAAGAACGGGGAGGAUUCUGAUCAAGAGCAGGAGAGUAGAGGCAGUGAAAAGGGUGAAAGUGAAAAACUAGAUGAAGCAAUUGACAUUGAAGGUAAACUAGGGGAGGAAGAAGAAGACAGUGAGUGUAAGAAAGGCAGAGAUGAAGUUUCAGCAGAAAAAGAUGAAGAUGAGGAGGAAAAAGAUAAUGAAGAAAAUGGAAGACAGGAAUCACAGGCUGAGAAAGACAGUGAGAAUGAGAGUGCAGAGGAGACUGAAGAGGUUAAUCAGGAAGAUGACAAAGAUCAAGGAGAUGACCAAGGCAGGCUGAUGGAGGAAGAAGAAAUACUGAGUGAGGGAGAAAAGGAGGAUAUGGAGAAGUAUGCAAAAGAGGAAGGCGCUGAAAAAGAAAAGGAGGAGCAGAUUAGAAGUGAGGGAAGAAAUGAGAGUGAGGAAGGAGGUGAAUAUAGAGAGGGGGAGGAAGAAAAAGAGGCAGAGACAGAAGAGGAAGGAGAGGAUGAGAAGGAAGAUGAAGAAGAAAAUGAAGAAAGGGAGAAAGAAAAAGACAAAGAGGGUGAAGAGAAGGAGUUAGGAGAACCAUUGGCAGGGAAGGAAGAAGAAGUAUCUGAAGAAGAACAGGAAGAAGAAGAUAUGAGGACUAAGGAGGUGGAGGAGGAUGGAGUGGAAGAAGGAGAAGAGGGAGAGGGAGAGGAUGAAGUGGAACAGGAAAGAAAAGAUGAGGAGAAAGAAGUAACAGAGGCAGAAGCAGAAGAGGAGGAGGAUGGAGUGGAAGAAGGAGAAGAAGGGGAGGAUGAAGUUAAGGAGGAAAGAAAAGAUGAGGAGAAAGAAAAAGGAACAGAAGCAGAAGCAGAAGGGGAGGAGGGUGGAGAAGACGAAAAGGAAGAAGAAGAGGGGGGAAAUGAAGAAGAGGAAGAAGGAGUAGAAGAGGAUGAGGGAGUGGGGGAGGAAAAAGAAGAGGGAGUUGGAGAAGAUGAGGAAGAAGAGGCAGUGGAAGAAGAGGGAGAUGAGGAAGAAGAGGCAGUGGAAGAAGAAGAGGGAGAUGAGGAAGAAGAGGCAGUGGAAGAAGAAGAGGGAGAUGAGGAAGAAGAGGGAGAAGAGGUAAUGGAAGAGGAAGAGGGAGAUGAGGAAGAAGAGGGAGUGGAAGAAGAGGAAGAUGAGGAAGAAGGAGUGGAAGAAGAGGAAGAGGAGGGAGAAGAGGGAGUGCAGGAAGAAGAAGAAGCAGAAGAAGAUGAAGAAGCAGAAGAAGAAGAGGAAGAAGAGGAUGAAGAGGAAGGAGAGGAAGAAGAAGGGGCAGGGGAAGAGGGAGAAGAAGAAGGGGAAGAGGGAGAAGAAGAAGGGGAAGAGGGAGAAGAAGAAGGGGAAGAGGGAAAAGAAGAAGGGGAAGAUGGAGAAGAAGAAGGGGAAGAGGGAGAGGGGGAAGAAGAAGAGAAGGAAAGGGAUGUAGGAGAGGAGGAAGAAGAGGAUGAGGAAGAGGAGAAAGAAGAGGAUGAGGGAGAGGAGGAAGAAGAAGAGGAAGAGGAAAAAGCAAAAGAUAAAAGAAAAAAUUAUCAUAAUAAGCUUCCACAAAAGAAAAGCAAAUCCAGGAAGACAGAAAAGACAGAAAGUACUGCUUUACCAAACAACUCUAAACAAAUCAUGAAGUCCAAACAGCAUGUAGCAAAUGGUUUACAUAAUUCAGAACAAUUUUGGAACAAUGUGCUACCUCAUUAUUUAACGCUAAAAUAGCAUAGACUACGGGACAUGCAUUUUAAGCCUGUUCAGAAAACUUUGGAAUGAUGGCAGAUUGAUUUUUAUUACUUAAAAGAAACUUCUAAUGUAGUCAAAAUACAUUAUCAUGCAUUUAAGUGCCAUUUACUUGAAAAAGACUGAGAAAAUGUUUAGAUUUGGGAAACUUUUAUAAGAGAAAUCGUAAGUUGUUGAUACAGUCAUUUUUACAAUCACAUUUAUCAUGGAUGACACAGAUUUAAAAAUAAUUGCUGAGGAGGUAAACUGUGUUUGCCUCUUAAUUAAAUUGUAAUGUUGUGUUUGACAACAUGAAUUAUACAUUGCAACAGUGUAAUCUUCUUUGCCUUUGAAUCAAUACAUAAGUAUUAGUUGCAGGACAGCUCACUUAUUAAUGUGCCUUAUAUGAAAGGAGUGUCAGUAAAUUAGCAAAUACACAUACUUUUAAAUUUUGGUGUCAGUCCAUAUUUAUUCCUCCUACUUUUCUUCUGUUCAUACAUUGGUAAAAUGUUUGAGUACUCAGCAUCAAUUAAAGAAAAGACAAGUUGCCAAAUUUUGGGUCAGCUGAUGGGAGGUAAAUGGAAAUGCAGUCCUGAGUAAGUGAUGACCUGCGGUUUUUCAAAGGCCUUAAGGCUGACUAAUAAUGUUGGUGUUUGGCACACAGCCAUGUGUUGUGUGCCAAAAGUCUCAGGAUCUGGCCUAGCUUAUGUUAGAGUCAGAAUGUAUCUGUUCAGGGAUAACUUUAACUAUCACCCUUGGUGAAAAGAAUUUGAAAAUACACUUGUAAACUUUUUUUACGUGUUUAUACUGUGCAGCACACAAAAGAUUCUAUAUCUGCCUACAAAACACUACAUUGCUUUAGUCAUCUAACUCUAAGGUUCUCAAGAAGGGUUGCUAUGUGAAGCAUAUACAUGUUUUCAGUAUCUGAGCCAAAGCUUUUCCUCACUGGAGGAGAUCUGUGCUUUUCCCUCCUAAAAAAAUCACAUCUCUGAUCUCUCAAAAGAGUUAGAGCUAUAAGCCAGAUGGAAUAGUAAAGAAAGUGGCAAGAAAGUCUGAAUUCUUUUCUGAAAAGACAAGGUUAAUACUUCUGGAGUUUCCUUUUAAAACACAAACAAAUCUUUCAAGUUAUUUUUGUAAGAUAUUGCAUUACUGUUUCAACUAUUGGGAGUUGAACUGGCAAAUGAAGAGAUAGGGACUCGUCACACAGCCCUGUUACUUAAAUUCUAUGCUAAUGGGUGGUCUGGGAAAUUUUUGUAAACAGAACACAGUAUUGACAUUCAUUUUCUAGAAAAAUAGUUACUUAAGUGCUAUUUGAAAAUGAGAACAGGAGAAGAAAGAAAUCAAAAUGAGUAAAUGUCAUUCAAUAAAAAUGUUAAUGGAAUCAAUACUUAUGUUGAGAUUAUGAAACAUUUUUGAUACUGUUUUGAAAGAUGCUGGCAUUAAACUCUCUUUGACACAAUGUAUCCAGAAUUUAUUUUUUAAAAAGCCUAUAGUAGAUUAGUAGUUUGCCAGUAGAUUGUAGUCCAGUUUGAUCCUUCCUACCCCAUUCACCCCUUCCAUGUUCCACAUUUGAAGGUAAGAUCACUUUGGUCAUGUGCCUUGCAUAACUACAACAAAAAGUUAAUCCAGUGACUGUAUUUUGUCCCUGUGAAACAUGUUUGAAACGUUGGAAUUCUCUGGAACACAUUGCCUUGACAUCAGCAUGUGUCUUUGAAACAGGGUAAGUGUCCUCAUAGUCUGAUAGAGUGCAAUAUUUUAAUAGUUAAAGGCACUUCCCAAGAAAACAGCUCUAACAACCGAGCCGUCAGCAGUGCUGCUCUGUCACUGAACUCCUGUGAAAAUACUUCCUUCUGAAACUAAGUGGAGCUAUGAUGUGUUAUUUUAUCUUUCUUAGGAAAGAUUAGGAUGUCACUGUGAUUAAACCUAGAGUAAUAUUGAGAAGUAUUUUUAUGGGCCUAAAACUGGGUUUCUUGGAUAUAACAUCUAGGUCUUUGUGAUGCUAGAAUUCAUCUUUGGAAGAAAACUGUGCUAUGAAAAAAAUCUGUUAUUUCUUGUUAAAAAUAUUUCCUAGAGAGAGGGAAAAAAAGGUGAGAGCACUUUGAAGCAAGUGAUUUCCAAUUCCACAUAGGAAUGGCUCUUCAUUCACUGUUUGGCUCUACCAUUUCAUCUUAAUUCCUAGGCAAAUGAGGACCAUUUAUUGUUCCUCUCUUAAGGUGCUGAUCGAAUAAAGUUUUCCCAGAGAGUGAAGGGAAGCCAGCUCAGGGGCAUCUCCUCUUCUUUGUUUUGUCUGGAUGAAAAUUCACUGAUCUGAGAACUGAUUUUAUGUAGUUUUGUGGAUCAUUCCUGUGGUGGGGGAAAAGCAGAGCAUUACUGCAGCACUUCCAAGGGUUUUCCACAGAAUCAUUACAUAAAUUGUACACUGUGCCAAUGUUUCUGGGCUUUGAUGGGACUUUGGAACUCCAUCAGCGUAACAAGUGGAAUUUUAUUUAAUUUAACUCAUACUGGUUUAUGAAGUUUGUUACUUGUGGUUUUGUGAAAAUUCAGUAUGUCCUUGGUAUUUAUUGUGACAUACAAAAAGAUUUAUGUGCAGCACUGAGGCAAUAUGGCAGAAAUGCUCCUGAACUAUUUCUUAGUAGAGAAAAAAAAACUUGCAAUAGUGAAAGAAAACAACAGACAACUGCUCAGAUAUCUUUAUUUCUACCAAUGGCUACUGGUAAAUGCCUGAGAAAAAAAUAUUAGAAUGGCACAAACAUGUAGUGUUACCUCUCCUGUAUAAUUAUUCAAAUAGUACAUUUGAAUGUACUAAAUACAUUCAGUAUAUCAAUAUACAUUUAGUAUAAUCAAAUACCAAAUGCAUUCAGUAUAAUCAAUAAUUUGUGGUUCAGCAGAUAUAAGUAUUAUAUUUAACAACCAUUUUCCUUCCAUGAAUUUCUUUCAAUCGAUUUUUAACCCAUUUAGCAGUACAUAUUUUGGAAAAUAAUUCUUACAUUUCUUUACACGUUG